AUGGCCAAGAUUCUUUUUCAGAAAUUUCCCAAAGAAUUGAAGGGAGAAAUGAUAGGACUAACAGGUAAGCGAAUACCAUCAUUGUCUGCCAUAUUGGAACUUACAAGUGAGGCAGUCAAACGAUUACGGGUUAAGGGAAGCGCGUCUGCUGCUUCUACAUUCACCACUGGCCAGGGUUCUUCUCAAAAAACCGCACGGAGGGCCACUGUUACUUCUUCCUUUCAUGUGGAUUCCAACAACCUGAGUUCUGCUGGUUAUUCCCUCACUGAUGCAAUGGACUUGUCUGUACGACUGGCUCACUUGGAGACCCUGUUGGGUGCUUUUAGGGCAGCUGACUAUAAUUUGGCUGGCCAAUUUGAGGCCGGGUCAGACCUUGUGCUUAUCAAGGGCAUUAUUGGAUUGGACCUUAUUCAUCGAUUGAUUACAUUGAAGUUGGUCCCCUGUCUGAGGGGUUGGGCAUUUUCUGUUCCGUCAGGCCUGGUUCCCUUUGGAACUGUGGACUCCUUUUUGUCAGGAGACAAGAUCCCUUGUGAAGUGGCCCACCUCUCCUUUAAUACUGUAAUGGGGGAUACCCCCGAAGUGAAUUCCUCACAUUUGUGCUUCGUUCUUGAAAACCAACCAACCUACCUUGACCCUUUGGCGGAGUUUUUUCCUGACAGUGCAGAAGGAUGUGGUAUUGAUUACAAGUCUCCUGGCAAGAUUUAUACUCUGCAAAACCUUGAUGUUGAAAUAGAGGCAAAAGUUGAACAUUUAAGUCAUUUUGUAGGAGUGUCAUUUAUGUCUUUUGCAGCUUACCUGACCAGAAUGGAAAUAAACAGUCAAAGUUUACCUCUAAGGUAUUUCACCAUUGGUAAAAGCUAUCGACCAGCUUUAUCUGACUCUGUGGAUUCCGGUCUUUAUGAAGCUGUUCAAACAUCUAAAUGUGAAGCAUGUUGUGUAUGCAUAGAUAAAACAACAGCUGACUUGGAAUUCAAGGAACUUGUCAACAUUCUGUGGAAUUGGUAUUCUGCCUUGGGACUGCCUAUUAGACUUGUGCUGCUACCAGCUGCUGGUCUUCAACUUUCUGAGAUGAAGAAAAUAGUCAUUGAAGCCUGGGCACCAAGUCUUCAGAAAUAUGUUCAGGUUGGCUCUGUGAGCAGUACAGGAAUAUAUGUCGGUCAACGUUUGAUGAUCUUACACUCAAGAAUGAAUUCACCUCCUCAACCUGUUCAUCUGGUCCAUGCAGAAUUACUUGAUGUGUCCAAGUUAAUAGCUUUUUUGAUGGAAUAUGGAAACAUAUCAGAUGAUCAGUCACCUGUCUGGCCUGGAAGAAACCCUUGCUGA